AUGGAGGUGUGUGUGGACUCAGCUGUUAAUGCAGAGUAGGGAGGUGCAUCCAGACUGGAGUUGUGAAACUUGAUGGAAGGAGGGACCACUCCAAGUUUAGAAAUGCUGAAGGUGGUGAAACAGAAAAUGGGGAUCCCUGUGCUCGUGAUGAUUCGGCCACGUGGCGGCGACUUUCUGUACGGCACCGGGGAACGGGAGGUCAUGAUGGUCGCCCUCUGUCUGGCCAAGGAACAUGGGGCUGAUGGGAUAGUGUUGGGUGCUCUCACAGAGAAUGGCAGAAUUGAAAAGGAUUUCUGUGCACAGUUGAUUGGUUUAGGAAGGCCUUUACCAGUGACUUUCCACUGAGAAUUUGACAUGGUUGCGGAUCCCCAGCAGGCCCUGGAGGAUGUCAUCUCCCUGGGAUGUGAGAGACUGCUGACCAGCGGGCGUGACUCCACUGUUUUGGAGGGUCUUCCACUCUUAAAAAAACUCAAGAAACAGUCGAGAGGAAGAAUCAUCAUAGUACCAGGAGGAGGCAUCAAUGAUAGGAACCUGCCCAAAAUCCUGAAGGACACCAGAGUCAGGGAGUUCCACUGUUCAGCCAGCUGCUUCAUACCUUCAGGCAUGGUGUACAGGAACACGACAGUGUACAUGGGAGGGGCGCUCAGGCCACCCGAGUUUGGAUAUAAGGUGGCAAGCACAGACAGAGUCCAAACACUGAACCAGAUUGCUAAAUCUACUGUGCUGUAG